AGCUUGGCUCAAAGACGCAGCCCGGGCAUCUGAAGUCGAUCGUCCCGCUGUCGAGAUGGACGAUGGGGGCAUGGACGUGAUGGAUGACGCAGGGGACAUUCCCAUGGCGGAGCAGCACGCCUUCCUGGACCAGGCCAAGAAGUACAACUUCGAGAAGGUCCGCGAGAUGAUCGAGGCCAAGCCGGGCUUGGUGAACGUACAGCCCGCAGGGCGCUGGUCAGCUUUGCACCAGGCAGCGGAAGCUGGCGAUGAGGGUACGGUGCGCUACCUUCUGGAGAAAGGCGCAUUGCUGACGGUGACGACCAGCGAUGGCCGGACGCCUCUGCAGGUGGCGAAGGGCAACGUGCGGCCGCUGCUGGGCGGGCCCGCGAAGCGCGCUGCGGAGCCGGCAGGAUACGCGGCAGGAAGCCCACCCAAAGCCCCUGCCGUGGCGGCCGCCAUAGCCGCUUCCCCUGCCGUGGCGGCCGAGGCCCUCGAGCUGAAGGUGGUUUAUGCCGCCAGCGGGGCGGAGCUGACCACGCUACAGUGGCCCAAGAACUACUCCAUCAAAAGCCUGAAGGUGGAGCUUGGGAAGAGCCUGGAGGCCACACAGGUGGUGAAGGCGCUCAUGAAGGAGAACUACCCUCUCAAGGACGAUCAGAGCUUGGAGGAGGCCGGGCUUGAGACCGGGGCGGCGCUCAACGCGGUGAUCGAAUCGGAGCCCCGCCUCUACUUGGUGAAACCCUGCUCGGCCUCCGAAUACGGGCAAGAGCGCCUGGACGAGUGGAUGGCAGGCGAGGACCAGAUGGUAACCAGCAGCAGGAUGCACUUGGACAUGGAAUCGGCGCCGGAGGUGGCCCGCCAGGUGGCCAAAGACCUCCUUGAGGCGGCGCCAGGACUGGCUGACAUCACCAUAGCCCGCAGCAGCGAGGGCGACUGCCCCUCAGAGGUGGUGGUCAUCGGAUGCCCCGGGGAGGACCCGAAGAAGGCCUGCCUCAAGGCUCUAACCAUCGACAAAGACUCAUGCGAAGAGUUUGCAGAUGCGAAGGAUGAUGAAGAUCCGGAGCUCACAGGUGUCUGGACUUUGGCGACCUUGGAGCAGGUAGAUUGGAAGGACUACCUGGAGUUUGGAUUCAAUGGCGACAAGUCCGAUUUCAACGGCGACCUCAACGCCAUGAUGGAUGAUCUCGGCGUUGAAAAGGAGGAAAUGGAUCAGUUGCUGAAGAUGACGAAGAUCAUGAGUGAGAAGCUGGAGAGAGGUUUCAUCUUCAACUUCAACGACUCGGCCGUGGUGGCCCCUAUGGUCUACGGAGGCUAUGCCAGUGACGGGAGCAUUGUGGGUGUCAUCUCGUCCCGUGUAUGGACGUGAAGCCGUUGGUUGGCACGCCGUUGAGGGGACUGAAGUACUUUGGGGGUUCCUUCCGGAAACCAGCGCCACGGUCAACGGCUGCCAAAGCGCAGAAAGGGACGAGGGGCAGGCCCGGUAGGCCACAGGAAUCUCCUUGGCACCCAAGGUAUGCGGAUGAAGCCCGCACCGACCGAAUUGUUGCCUCAGUGGCUGCAAAUCGAUCGACUCGAUUCGAUUUAGUGCUUAUGGCUGUGCAAUGGCAGGAUGCGCACUGCUUUUGCUGGCGCACGCGGGAAAA